CGACGGAGUCAAUAUGGGUAUCGCAUUUGACUACACGCCCGACAGGCCAGAGCACAUAGAUGCUAUAUUGAACGGCCUUGAUCGAUACAACCCAGAAACCACGAGCGUCUUCCAGGAGUACGUGACGCAGCAAUGCGAGGAGCGGACAGUCGACUCUUACGCAAACCUGGCUCUUCUGAAGCUAUACCAAUUCAACCCCCACCUCGCCAGAGACGAAACCAUCACUAAUAUUCUGGUCAAAUGCCUGACCAUCUUCCCGUCCCCCGACUUCUCCUUAGCGCUUCACCUGCUCCCACCCCAUAUCCUCACACCUGUCUCUGCUUCCUCUGCACUCCCAGCAGCUGGUGACGCACCUCUCUCAGAGGCUGUCCAAAAGCUGAAUGUCCUCAACAACCUCCUUAGUCAAGCCUCAUACAGUGCCUUCUGGAGCACCCUUGACAGCGAUGAUCUCUAUGCAGAUCUAAUUGCAGAUGUCGCCGGCUUUGAGGAGCUGAUCCGGAUACGAAUCGCACUUACUAUCUCGCAAACAGUACGGGAAAUCGAGCGGUCAGUUCUGGAAUCCUGGCUGGGACUGCAGGGCGAGGCCUUUGAUAAGUUCAUCACUGGUGUCUGUGGGUGGAAGAUCGAGGGAACGACUGUGAAGGUCCCACUAAACAAGGAGAACGAGGCAAAGAGCACGAUUGUGAGGGAGAAUGUGAAGAUCGAGCAAUUCUCGAGGGUGAUUCGGAGGGCCUAUGAGCAACCUGCUUGA